UUUUUUUUUAUAUAUAUACACAGAUAUAUAAUUAUAUACACAUUUUAUUUUGUCUAACUUAAUAUACAAUCAUUCAAUGCGAAAAACAAGCAUUACUUCUAGUCCUAAUACGAUUAAUACUACUACUAGUGCAACAAAUAGAAGUAAAAGAAUAAUGUUUCAACAAUUAUAUGAAUUAUUUACCUUUUUAUUUAAAUAUGUUCAAUCCAUCUUAUACAAUAAACAGCAACAAACUCCUGCAAAUAAUAGCAAUUCAACAAAGUCCUCAACACAUAAUUCAAUAGCACUUCAAUAUUACAAAGGAAAAACGCUUGUACUCGAUUUAGACGAGACACUUGUUCAUUCUGUUAGACUAGGAACAACGGAAACAAAGGUUAAUCCUUCCAUUAAGAAAACAAUUGAAGUUACAAAUGAUAGACAAAGUAUACUUUAUGAAGUAUACAAAAGACCUCAUGUUGAUUUCUUUCUCUCUACUAUAAGUAAAUGGUAUAAGGUAGUCAUAUUUACGGCAUCAAUGUCAGAAUAUGCUGACCCUGUUAUUGAUUGGCUGGACCAAGACCAUUCCUAUAUAAGUCAAAGAUAUUUUAGACAGUCAUGUAUUUUAAAAGACGGAAAUUUUUUAAAAGAUAUUUCCAUAGCUGAAUCUGAUUUAUCUAAAGUAUGCUUGAUUGAUAAUAGUCCUGCUGCAUUUGCAUUAUACCAAGAAAAUGCAAUUCCUUUACCAACUUGGAUAUCAAAUCCUAAAGAUGAUUGCUUAUUAGAUUUAUUACCUUUAUUAGACGCACUUCGUUUUACUGCAGAUGUUCGAAGUAUUUUAAGUUUAAGAGACUCUAAUCAAAUUUAAAUGAAAAUACGCAUUUUUUUUUUAUACAUGUAAAUAAUUAUUAGUGAUGAUAUUCUAUUAUAUUUAUUACUAUUUAAUGUUAAUUUAUUAAUAACAAAAUUCCCUUCUGAAUAUACAAGGGAGAAAACACACAUGCUCAC